GUCACAGCUUAAAAUAGAUGUUAACACAUCAACCCCUCUGGCAAUAGCAGUGGUGGUAGCAGAGGCAGCAGCAGCAGCAGCAGCAGCCGUGGCAGCAGCAGAGGGGGCGGCAGCAGCCGCAGGAGGUGGAGGAGGAGGAGAGAGAGACAUGGCUGUCUGGUUGGCUUUGCCUGCGCCCGUCCCUGAGAGCUAAGACUUCCAGCCUGGAAAGAGGUCGUCUCCAGAGCGCAACACAGGUGGCAGGGAGAGAGAGAAGCUGCUUCAGCCUUGCUCAGGUGUAUGUCCCAGCCCCAGCAUCCUUCAGCAGCAGGAGCAGCAGCUAACCUGCCCACGGAGGAGGUGCUGCCACCACUCCCUGGGAUGUGUCCUGGCAACUGGCUCUGGGCUUCUAUGACGUUCAUGGCCCGGUUUUCCCGGGGUGGCUCCCGGUCACCUGCUCGGGCUGGGGGACACCUGGAGGACACAGCCCCCGUUCAACAUCCCCUCCUCAGUGUCUUUGAACUGGAAAGGCUCCUCUUCACCGGCAAGACUGCCUGUAACCAUGCAGAUGAGGUCUGGCCAGGCCUCUACCUUGGAGACCAGGACAUAGCUGCCAACAGACGGGAGCUGAGCCGGCUGGGCAUCACCCACGUGCUCAAUGCCUCCCACAGUAAGUGGCGGGGAACACCUGAGGCCUAUGAAGGGCUGGGUAUCCGAUACUUGGGUGUGGAGGCCCAUGAUUCACCUGCCUUUGACAUGAGCAUCCACUUCCAGCCAGCUGCUGAUUUCAUCCACCGAGCACUGAGCAGGCCAGGAGGGAAGAUCCUGGUGCAUUGUGCAGUAGGUGUGAGCCGCUCAGCCACCCUGGUACUGGCCUACCUCAUGCUCUACCACCAGCUCACCCUUGUGGAAGCCAUUAAGACCGUCAAGGACCAUCGAGGCAUCAUCCCCAACAGGGGUUUUCUGAGACAGCUCCUGGCCCUGGACCGCAGGCUGCGGCAGAGCCGGGAGGCAUGAGGUGGUUAGGAAGGGGCCUGGUGAGUGGGUCCCCAGCUCCCAACUAGAGAGCUAGGGACCAGGAAGCAGAAAGCAGGAGGCCCAGAUAAACCAUCCUCCCCUCCAAGAGGGAGAGUGCUCAUGCUGAACCCUAACUGGUUGUCUCCAUUGGUUUAGAUGGGGGCAAUGAUGGUGAUGGAGGUUUGUAAUGAGUGGGCUUAUGAAAGGGCUGACUCCAUCAGAGGCAAACCAGGUAAAGAAGAGAGAAAACAAAGGCAAAUAGACCCAGAGGAGUCAGAAUUCCCUGAAUUCCAACUCAGAAUCUGCCUGUGGCUCAAAAGGGAAGUGGACAAGUCCCUUCUCCUCUCUGCCCAAGGUCCCCUCUCCUCUGUCUUAUUUUAAAAUGGGAGGAUUGUCCUUGGACCACUUCCACACAAAGAUGUAGGGAGGAUGAGUAAGAUGGUAUAAUAAAAAGUGUGGGGAAUUCAGUUGAGACGUGAAGGAAACCUACACGGGCUUAUGCGUAGGUAAUGUAGUUGUGUUACAUUUGAUACAGCUGUAAAAUGGCAGUCAUGCAUGACUGGGAGUCUUGAGAAAGACACACUCCCACUAGACAAGUGGAUGUAACAGGAAGAAUAAAGACGAUGAACA